CCUGAAGCAUAAAACGACACGCAGUUAUUGUGCACAGCGAUUUACUGAUCGGCCUCCAUCUAACAGAUACUAGAGCAGAUUGCUCAUCUCUUGACAAGCAAAGUCGUUUAGUCGUUACUUAACAUUGUAAAAUCGGGGCCAUGUUUCGGUCAGCAAAAUGAACACAGUCUUUGAUAUGAAACUUUCCGCUGUUUUCCAUUUGUUUUUUAUUUGCGUCAACUUGUAAAAACUAUUGAAAGUUCGAAACAAGCGUUAGUUCAUUAACUGUUAGAUACUACUUUCUAUAUUUUCCAGGUAAUAUGAACAAGGUGAAUUAAAAAACUUACGCAAAUUGAUUUAGAUCGACGCGACUGUAGAUUUUCCAAACAACUGUUUGCUCUUAAGUUAAAAGGCGAUUUGAAUCUUCUAGACCUGAAAGCAAUUUCUUUUUUUUAAUUUUCAUAAAUUAAGGUAAAAUCGAAUUUCGCAAAUGAGAUCGUGCAGAUGUGAAUCACUCAUUACAACGCUUUUGGAAUAUGUUUACUGCAAUUUGUGGAUAUACACUAUUUUGCCUAGGAACUUGUUUCCCGGCGCCUUUAAGGCAUGGCACAGACGUACCACCACCUGAAGUGCUACGUUUUAUGAGACGUUUCGGUUACUUAGAUCAAAAUCCCAACGAUUCGGAAGCCUUAUACCAUGAAACAGCUAUCGUGGAAGCUAUAAAAAAAGUACAAAUAUUUGGAGCAUUAAACCAAACUGGUAAAUUAGACCAAAUGACGUUAGAUUUGUUCAAGAAGCCGCGUUGUGGUGUUCGCGAUAUUGAAGGCCAAUCGUAUCAUUUAAGACAAAGUAAUGCCGUCAUCAGGAACAAGCGGUUUGUAUUCGGAGCAGGAACUUGGACCAAACGGCGUAUACGUUAUUUUAUUGGUAAUUGGUCGUUGAAAGUUCCUCCCGCUCAAGUUGAAAGUGAUAUUGCUCGCGCUUUAUUUACAUGGUCGCAGUAUAGCGGCUUAAAAUUUGAACACAUUAAUGAUACUUCAGCCGAUAUCAUAAUCGGUUUUGGAACUCGCUAUCACGGCGAUCACUUUCCAUUUGAUGGUGCUGGCAAUAUACUAGCCCAUGCUUUCUACCCUUAUGAAAUGGAGUCUUGGGGUGGCGAUGUUCAUUUUGAUGAAGAUGAAAACUGGCAAGAAAACUCAACGGAUUUAAGUUUGGCUCAUUCACCCUCUCAAAGUUCAAUAAUGUUCCCCUAUUACAAAGGGCCUGGUUACAACGUGCUGGAUUACGAUGAUACUUUAGCUAUGUACAAUGCAUACUGUAAUUUGAACUCUUAUUUGCAAUAUGAAGGAAAAAGUAUAUUUGAAGCUGUAUUUUUAAUUUUAGUGAGUAGAAAACUAGAUGAUGACGUUGAAGAAGAGGAUAAAAACGAGCAAGAAGAUCAAUUGAAUGAACCUGUUAAUCAAAGCGAUUUUGCUACUACCGAACAAAUUGACAACAUCAGUAGUAAUUGGGAUCAGAUGGAAAAUAAAGAGCACGAUAAGAAUCAUCACAAUCGCACAACGAGUUUUAGUGCUUCUUCUGCGAAGGCACGUAACAAUGGCGAAAUACCGGACAUAUGCCUGGGUGACUUUGAUGCCGUUUGUUAUUUUAAUGAGUCCGUACAUGUAUUCAAAGAGCAUUUUGCUUGGAGAUUGACACCAAGUUAUACAAUAUUGCCCGGUUAUCCAAUUCCAAUUGAAAAAUUAUUCUUCAAAUUUCCAAAGACCAUCACACAUGUCGAUGCUUGCUAUGAACGUUACGAUAAGGCUAUAGUACUGUUUAUGGGCCAGCACGUGUGGAUUUGGCGAGACGAAAAAUUCAUAGAGAAUAGUCCAAAACCUUUAGCAGCCAUAAUAGGUAUCAAUUCGUUUAUUAUUUCUCGUAUUAACGCAGCAAUGUUGUGGCCCAAAAAUAACUUAACUUACUUAUUUGGCGAGACAAUGUUUUGGCGUUAUAACGACUACUUGCAGCAGCUGGAUGCGGGCUAUCCGAAAACCUUAAAACGUUGGCCCGGUUUGCCGCAAAAUUUAAAUGCCGCUGCUACUUUGCCGAACGGUAAAACAUAUUUCUUUAAAGAUAACUUAUAUUGGUUAUACAACAACUUGCUUUUACGUCCUGAACGUGGCUAUCCUAGACGUGCUUCGAUUGUUUGGAUAGGUUGUUUAGCAAAAAAUGUUAAACUUGCAUCGCGUAAUCCUAAUAUAACGGCGGCUUUUAUUGCAACUUCUCCUUCAAGCUCUUAACUUUUUUUUUCAC